UAAAAUAAUAAAAUGCUGAGCUCACCGUUCCCCCACUCUCUGCUCCGGCACCAGUCUCCUGCUGCUGCCAGGAUAGUGCUCCAGUAGAACACACAGACCAACCAACAGAAGGGGAGGUGAGAAGGGAGGUGGCAACCAGGACUGGCUCCGUGAGUGCCACACAGUGGGGAGGGGGUGGGGGCCAUCAUGUCAUCGUAUCAGAAGGAAUUGGAGAAAUACAGAGACAUAGAUGAAGAUGAGAUCCUAAGGACCUUGAGCCCUGAGGAGCUAGAGCAGCUGGACUGCGAGCUACAGGAGAUGGACCCCGAGAACAUGCUCCUGCCAGCUGGACUAAGACAACGUGACCAGACAAAGAAGAGCCCAACAGGGCCACUGGACCGAGAGGCCCUUUUGCAGUACCUGGAGCAGCAGGCACUAGAGGUCAAAGAGCGUGAUGACUUGGUGCCCUUCACAGGCGAGAAGAAAGGGAAACCCUAUAUUCAGCCCAAGAGGGAAAUUCCAGUACAGGAGCAGAUCACUCUGGAGCCUGAGCUGGAAGAGGCACUGGCCCAUGCCACAGAUGCUGAAAUGUGUGAUAUUGCAGCAAUUCUUGGCAUGUACACACUGAUGAGCAACAAGCAAUACUAUGAUGCCAUCUGCAGCGGAGAAAUCUGUAAUACUGAAGGCAUUAGCAGUGUGGUGCAGCCGGACAAGUAUAAGCCAGUGCCAGAUGAGCCCCCAAAUCCCACAAACAUUGAGGAGAUACUAAAGAGUGUUCGAAGCAAUGACAAAGAGCUGGAGGAGGUGAACCUCAAUAAUAUACAGGACAUCCCGAUACCCAUGCUAAUUGAGCUGUGUGAGGCAAUGAAGACAAAUACCCAUGUCCGGAGCUUCAGUCUGGUGGCCACAAGGAGUGGUGACCCCAUUGCCAAUGCGGUGGCUGACAUGUUGCGCGAGAAUCGUAGCCUCCAGAGCCUGAACAUUGAAUCCAACUUCAUUAGCAGCACAGGGCUCAUGGCUGUGCUGAAGGCAGUUCGGGAAAAUGCCACACUCACUGAGCUCCGUGUAGACAACCAGCGCCAGUGGCCUGGUGAUGCAGUGGAGAUGGAGAUGGCCACCAUGCUUGAACAGUGCCCUUCCAUUGUCCGCUUUGGCUACCACUUUACACAGCAGGGGCCACGAGCUCGGGCAGCCCAGGCCAUGACCCGAAACAAUGAACUACGUCGCCAGCAAAAAAAGAGAUAACACUACCUUUCCCUUUACCAACUAGAGCUGGGAGCCCUGAAUGCUUAAAUCCUCAUCUAUCCCUCUUUCCUGUAAAUAAAGGCCCUUCUGUCCACUCU